AUGUGUGAAAAGUUACAUCGCGGGGAGGGGGGCGGGUGGGUGGCGGAAACACCAAAAUCGCAGUUGUGGGACAGCUCAGUUUACCUGGAAAAGACGCGAACCGCGGACUUGCGGAAUACGUCGGACGUGCGACCCCUGUCGGGUGAUGGAACGGAACAACAAUGGCUUCAGUAUUUGAACAACCGAACAGACCUAUUCAGUGAAAAGUCUCCACAAAAUGGAAGGCACUUUGACCGUGCUGGGGUCCGUCUUGGGCUUCCAAGGCGGUGUUUUUUUCUUGAGCGGACAGGAACGAACGCCCUGGCUCAGACCCAUGAGGCUCAUGCCUUCUCAUUCAUGCUGUCAAUGUGGCAGGAAACAUGUGUCGACGCCUUCUUGGCUGUGACCGAUCGAGCCCUACAGACACUAACCAGUGAAACAUGGGUCAAUAGCGGUUGCACUGGUGCUGCUGCUGCUCCCGCCACUGGUGUUGAUGCUGCUGCGGCAGGCGCCGAUGCACUUGCUAACGCUGCUGCUGCUAAUUCCGCUAGUGCUGCUACCCCUGGGACUGGUGUUGAUGGUCCCGCCACUGAUGUUGAUGCUGCUGCGGCAGGCGCUGAUGCACUUGCUAACGCUGCUGCUGCUUCCGCUAGCGCCGCUACCCCUGAGACUGGUGUUGACGAUCCCGCCUGA